AUGACGGAAACCCACACGCCCUACUCCUCGCUGAAGAAACUAAUAUCUUGCUUCAACGGUGUGGUGGCUGCGUCAGGUGUCACCCUCAUUGCCCUGGGCCUGGGUGUGAAGUAUGGCCGGGCGUCCAUGACCACAGUCCUGGGGCUGUCCUGUGCAUACCUGCUCCACUUUGGUUACCUCUUCCUGGUCCUGGGGUGCGUGAUCAUCCCGCUCGCCCUGGCCGGCUGGUACGGAGCCACGAAAGAAAGCCGAGGCACUCUCUUGUUUUGUUUCUUGUUCAUGGUGACCAUCCUCAUCGUGGAGAUCACAGCUACCUCCGUGAUCCUGGCCUUCUUCCCAAUUGUUCGAGAUGUGGCCUUGGAGCACAACUUUGCCACCUUGAGGAAGAAUUACAAAGGUUACAACGAGCCAGAUGACUUCUCAGCACAGUGGAACUUGGUCAUGGAGAAGCUAAAGUGCUGUGGGGUGAAUAACUACACCGAUUUCUCUGGCUCUUCCUUUCAAAUGACAACCGGCCACACUUACCCCAGGGGCUGCUGUAAAUCCAUAGGCACUCCAACUUGUGAUGGGCAAAAUGUAUCCACGGAAGUCAUCCACCACGAGGGAUGCUUCUCCAAACUCCUCAAAAUAACCAGGACUCACAGCCUAACCCUGAGUGGGGUCUCCCUGGGGGCAGCCAUGAUCCAGCUGCCAGGAAUUCUUGCCACUUUGCUGCUGUUCAUCAAGCUGGGCUGACAGUGAGGCCUGGA